AUGCCGCUGAAACAUUAUCUCCUGCUGCUGGUGGGCUGCCAGGCCUGGGCUGCAGGCUUGGCUUACUAUGGCUGCCCCAGCGAGUGCACCUGUUCCCGGGCCUCCCAGGUAGAGUGCGUGGGGGCACGCAUCGUGGCGAUGCCCAGCCCCCUGCCCUGGAAUGCCAUGAGCCUGCAGGUCCUUAACACACACAUCACCGAGAUCCCUGACGACAUGUUCCUCAACAUUUCAGCCCUCAUCGCCCUGAAGAUGGAGAAGAACCAGCUGACAAACAUCAUGCCCGGUGCCUUCCGCAAUCUGGGCUCGCUGCGACACCUCAGCCUCGCCAACAACAAGCUGAGGAUGCUGCCUGUGAGGCUCUUCCAGGAUGUGAACAAUCUGGAGACCCUCCUGCUGUCCAACAACCAGCUGAUAGAGAUCCAGCCAGCCCAGUUCUCCCAGUUUAGUAAUCUUAAGGAACUCCAGUUGCACAGCAACAAUCUGGAAUACAUCCCUGACGGGGCCUUCGACCACCUGGUAGGACUCACCAAACUCAACCUGGGCAGGAACAGCUUCACCCACCUAUCACCUAGGGUCUUUCAGCAUCUGGGCAACCUGCAGGUGCUCCGGCUCUAUGAGAACAGGCUUUCAGACAUCCCCAUGGGCACCUUUGAUGCACUGGGCAACCUCCAGGAGCUGGCCCUCCAAGAGAACCAGAUUGGCACACUCUCUCCUGGCUUGUUUCAUAAUAACCGUAACCUCCAGAGACUGUAUUUGUCCAACAACCACAUCUCGCAGCUGCCCCCUGGCAUCUUCAUGCAGCUACCCCAACUGAACAAGCUCACACUCUUCGGGAACUCCCUGAGGGAGCUUUCCCCGGGGGUCUUUGGGCCCAUGCCCAACCUGAGGGAGCUUUGGCUCUACAACAACCACAUUAGCUCGCUCGCCGACAACACCUUCAGCAACCUGGACCAGUUGCAGGUUCUAAUUCUUAGCCACAACCAGCUCACCUACAUCUCCCCAGGAGCCUUCAAUGGGCUGACGAAUCUCCGAGAACUCUCCCUGCACACCAAUGCUCUUCAGGACCUGGAUGGGAAUGUCUUCCGAUCACUGGCCAACCUGAAGAACAUCUCACUCCAGAACAACCGCCUCCGACAGCUCCCCGGCAGCAUCUUUGCCAACGUCAACGGUCUCAUGACCAUCCAGCUACAGAACAACAAUCUAGAGAACCUGCCUUUGGGCAUCUUUGAUCACUUAGGGAACCUGUGUGAGCUUCGUCUCUAUGACAAUCCCUGGAGAUGUGACUCGAACAUUCUUCCACUUCAUAACUGGCUCCUUAUCAACAGAGCCAGGUUGGGGACAGACACUCUUCCAGUGUGUUCCAGUCCCACCAAUGUCCGAGGCCAGUCUCUUAUCAUCAUCAAUAUCAAUGCCCCUGGACCCAGUGUCCAGGGUCCAGAAACCCCCGAAGUAUCCAGCUACCCAGAUACAUCGAGCUAUUCUGACACCACAUCCAUUUCUUCUACCACAGAGAUCACUACUUCCAUGGAGGACUACACCGAUCUAAGCACUAUCGAAGCCAUUGAUGACCGCAAUACGUGGGGCAUGACUGACGCCCAGAGCGGGCUGGCCAUUGCCGCCAUUGUGAUCGGCAUCGUAGCUUUGGCCUGUUCUCUAGCUGCCUGCAUCUGCUGUUGCUGCUGCAAAAAGAGGAGCCAGGCCGUCCUGAUGCAGAUGAAGGCUCCCAAUGAGUGCUAGGGAGGCAGGCUUGGACAGGGCUGGGGCAGGAUGGAACCAGAGGCUCUGAGGAGAUGACCAUACAGCUUCCACACCUGGGUCCACACAGCCAGGCUCUG